UCUCCACUAUGUGCAGUGCUUCACUGUACGCGGUGCUUCACUAUUGGAUGUGCUAAACAUUAGGCUGUGUUUUGUUGUAGGCUGUGCAUCACUACAUUGUGCAUCGCUGCACGCUGUGAUCCGCUGUACGUUGUGCUUCACUAUUGGAUGUGCUUUAACAGUAGACCCUGUGAAGCAUAUUUCACCUCCCCCUUCCCUCUACUCCAGGCAUUUGGCGUCCGCCGUACAUUAUCGACAGGAAAGACAAACUUCAUGCAAUAAAAUGACGUUUUUUAUUUCGAUCUCAAUUUUUUUCUGCCUCCAAAUUUCAUUCCGAAGUUGCAUCCCAAUUGCAGCAGGCUUGUUACCAGCUUACAACUUGAGGCUUAGUGAGGCAACAGUUCAGGUGGCGGAGGAUUUCAAUGCGCCAAUUGAGAAGUCUCAGGGUUCACGGAAACUGCUGACGUUAGCAUCAGACCGAGAGAGCAGGAACUUAUUGACUGACUUGAACUCGUCUGAACGUCUCGUACCGCUCACCAAAGAACAAGAAAAACCCAUCGGAUAUCUAAUGAAGCGAAUAAUACGCAGACCCAACAGAAUAGAGAAUAGUACGCAAGAUUACCGCGAGACAGCGCGAACCGAGUACUUCACGACGCUUUUGUUCAAGGGAAGAUGUUCAGUUCUGAGAAGAAUGCAUCCAGAACAUCUACGUCGCCACCUAAAAAAGAUAUUGUGGGAAUUGCAUCACAAUUUGUCUCGGGAAGCACGGAUCGUCUCGAUCAGCUGCCUUUAUAGACUGAAAAUUGUAAUUUCAUUGCCGAUUUAUAGAGGUGAACGAAUACUGUACAAUGAAUUGAUGUUGUUUAGAGGCCGUAAUUUUACAAUUGAUGGAACAGAGAUCGAGUUUCGUGUGAUACUCCCUGAUGAUAACAAUGUAAUAGUUGAGAAAGCUGAUCCUGCCAAGAAUGGGUUUCAUGAACUUUUAAUUCUUUUCCUAAUCACUUUGGUUUGUUGCAUUUUCGUUAUUAUGUCUAUGGUCAUUGCACGAUGCUAUGCUUGCAUUAGACUCAUGAUCUUCAAACCAUCACUACUUGACCUCUCUCGCUACAGCCAAGAUGAGAUCCCAAAAUGCAUGGCGGAUAAUUUCGCCAAAACUGGAAAGGUGAUGCAAGUUGCCAAUGUUUACGCGGUCCCAGGAUUCCUGCACACCAUCCAUGAGAAGAACAUGACUGCACAACAACAGGACCAAGUUCAUGAUAAUUCCGAGGACGAAAUCAGCAGCGACUGGUCCACUGAGGUAGAGUUCCCGAACUACCGGGAAAGUAUCUCGGCGGAUCCCUUCAAUAAACGCGAUGGAGAACCCACCAAAGAUUUGCAAGGCUCAAAUGAAACUGACAAGCUGCUGAACCUUGCUUGCAUGGAGGACAAGUCGGAGAAGAGCUCAGCAGGUUUGGUUCCUAUGUACCGUUGCCGCACGCUAAACUCGGAUUACGAAGCGGUCGCGGUCGACGGUGAGGACGAUAGCGACGAUUCGAUGUUUGAAUCCGUUUGUGUAACACGUGUCACGGAUGGAUAUGAUGGAAGGCUAAAAAUUGAAACAGACAUGUAAUCAUAAUUACCCUAACUUCUCAGUUUAUUUAUUUUGAUAUUUAUCACACAAAAUGAUCAUUCAAAUCAUCAUACCUUUAAAUUUCUGUUUUCCGGAAAAUUCUAUGCAACUAAUUUUCUUUGCUAUAACAUCAUACACCAUUAUCUCAUUUUUUUAUAUUCAAAGCCAAAAUUGACUCGCAAACUUUUUAGAAAACUUCAAAAACGAUCUAUAUCUGUCAGCGCUUCUAUCAAUGAAAGUUAUAGAGAUCACCAGUCUUUAAAUUACGUUACAAAUAUUAUGCCCGUUUUGCUGUUGGGUUAAAGAUCUGACCAUGCAACUUAUUAUAGAAUAGAAUAGAAGUGUUGGGACUGAAGAAAUGGGCCCAUGGCCUGUUGCUGAUUCUUGUACUUUUCGUGACUUGAUUCACAUGCAAGGGAUACGGCCUUUGGAACUCGACCUUUCAAUAACAGACGAUUAAUAGAGAUAGCUGCUGAACUUAUUGCCUGGUCCGUA